UUCCUCCUUCAGUCCUUCUUAAGUGCAUUUAAAUAUGGCCGCUCUGGGUAUAUUUAUGAUACUUCAACGUCAAGGUUGAGUUUCUCUAAACACAAAAGCCUGCUACGGUGUGGAACCGAUCAUGGUGCGGCAUUCUGCACCCAUAUUCUGUUAUUACCCAGUUAUACGCUGAGGUCAGUUGACAAGCUCAUACUACUCUGCAUUCAUACUGCAUUUGAAAAUGUCUUGGCAUCGCAAAACCAUACUACUUCAACCUGGCCAGGUGUUAUUUUUUUCUCAACGGCUCUCAGAUGUACCCAACAAAGAUAUGCUGUCGUCAAAAUGGCCCAAAGUAGCAAGAUUAUGCGUUACUGCUUUGUCUUAACUGAUAUCAGAUUCAAUAGAGUUUGCCUUGUCUUGGAUCAAUUAUGCUUCCACCAUGACCGAUUACUCUACUGCUUGGCCGAACCCCAAAGAACAAAUUGUGUGAUUGGUUGGCCACUUGGAGAGAAUACGGAGGUGGCACUCUGAUAAUCUGUCCUGGGCAAUCUUGUGCCAUUUGGCUAUCCUUUUAUCUUGUUCAUAUAAAAUGUGUAGGUACUGCAGGAGGAUCUCUAGUGCUAAUAUGGCAAGCAAGAAGCCAUAUUAGAUUGUUUGCCACUUGGAGGCUGGAGCUGUGUGAUCAGGAGGACCAGGUUUUUCUCCUUCAGUCCUUUUUUAAGUGCAUUUAGAUCUGGCCACUCUGAGUAUAUUUAUGCUACUUCGACGUCAAGGCUGAGUUUCUCUAAACAGCCUGCUAUGGUAUGGAACCGAUCAUGGUGUGGUGUUCUAUCUACGCCUACAUUGUGCUACUACCCAGUUAUACGCUGAGGUCAGUCGACAGCCGCAUACUCUACAUUCACACUACACUGGCUCUGAAAAUGUCUUGCCGCCAUAUCAAAACCAUACUGGUCAAGCGCUCCUUCUUUUUUCAUCAUAUAUGUGGUACAAUCAACUGAUGCAAGCAUAUCUUUGUUGGGUACAUUUGAGAGACACAAAGGCGUCAAAAUGACCCAAAAUAACAAUUCAGAUCAACCGAGAAGGCUGAACGGGAGCAGGAUUAUGCGUUACUGCUUUGUCUUAACUGAUAUCAGACUCAGUAGAGUUUGCCUCGUCGUGGAUCAAUUAUGCUUCCUCCAUGACCGAUUAUUGUACUGCUUGGCUGGACCCCAAAGAACAAAUUAUGUGAUUGGUUGGCUGCCACUUGGAGAGAACUCAAGGUAGCACUCUGGUAACCUAUCUUGGGCAAAUCUUGUGCCAUUUGGCUCUCCUGUCCUCUGUCAUAUAAAAUGUGCAGGUACUGCAGGACCCCUAAUGCUAAUGCUAACUUGGUAAGCCAAACAGUCCGUGUAAACCAUUGGCUAACAGUGGUGCGCCAUUUGUCCUCUUCACGGGUAGGUUGAACAGUGCUCCAUGACACGCCUUCCUUUGUACCUAGUCACUGUCAUUUACUCGUUAAACCAUCAGCUCACGUAUCCUGGGUCACAGAGCACCAAAAGGCAUUCUGAUGUGACACAAUGAUAUAUUUCCUGAUCUCUAUUUCGUGGCCAAAACUCAUGGAAUUCCCAGUGCAGUUGCAAGCUUGACCUUGUCAACCAUAUCACAGAUAGGUAGACCUGACCAGGAGUCCAGGACAAAAAAGAUGGCCAGCUACAAAGGUCGAGAAGCUCAGUCCGCAGCUGGGGCCAAACCGCUAGACGUUCACAAGUUGCAUGUCCUAAUUGUGACGAGGACAUCAAGAGUACUGGCAUAUGCCACCAAAAUACUCCUUAGAACAUCAGAGGAUGAUCUUCAAUUUUCAAUUGUUGUGAGGGAGGCGCAUCGGAGGCACCGUCGUCGUCAUGCAUGACAAAACGCGGACGGGUGGGAACAAAAACGAAUUGACAGCCGGAUUUAAUUUUAACCCCCGCUAUGGCUGAUUAAGAAACCGGUUAGGGGUCAAGAAUUUCAACCCCUAGGGCUGUUGUUUUGUUCUGCUUACGUCGUCGCUCUUGGACACAGGCGUUAAACUCCAUGGCUGCAGCUCAGCGUGCUUUGGGAACUGUGAAAACGGAAAUUUGGAAAUCAUGUAAAUAAAAAGCACACGCACGUAGUGACUACUGACUUGGUCGUGUGUUAUUAUGCAAGUUAACUAGAUUCCUUUUAUGAACACCGCGUAGUACAGAAUAGACAUAUAUAGCGACACCACCACACGCACAUACUCACACACCGUCAAUUGAUGACCUAUGCAAGGACAUAUACCUCCUUUUGAUCUAAAAUAAAAUGUCUUAUACUCCUUCCGUAAAGAUAUAUAGGCAGUGAUCUAAACGCUCUUAUAUUUUCUUACGCUUACGGAGGGAGUAAACUUUUACAGAGGGAGUAUUUUUUUUGCAGGAUACAGAGGGAAUACAUGCUAGUCUUAGAAAAUGUGACGGUCAAAUUUGUGUAAGUUUGUCUGUUGAGCCCUCGCAAUUUUUUUUGUCUGUCAAGGUAUUUAAAAACUACUCACAGUAAGAUGAAAACAACAUUCAGAUUUAGCACAAAAAAUACCGUGCAUGUGAAAAGCAAGAACAAAAGAUGUAUAUUCGAGGCCAUCACUGUCAAAAUCAUGUAUUUCGAACCAAGAUAGUACUACUACUGUACUGACUACUGAGCAAGAAGCAGUUUGCGGCGUCCGGGCUAUGUCACUUGGACUAUGCUUAAGAGCAUCCGGGCUAUGUGAGUGUAUUUACCACCGUUGUUGGAGAUGCUCUAAGACAGUUACAAAAUUUUAUGACAUCUCUUUUUCAGAUACCAUCACUUGUGGUCUUGCUAUGUGAGUGUCCCAGUGGGACUGCAAAACAUCAACUUCACUGCACACUUUCUGGUACUACAAAGUGAGAUCAUCAACUCCCACUUUUUAACCUUUCCAUUGACGUUGCAAUCCAAGUAGUGUGCACUGCUAAGCAAGCUAGUUAACAAUAAGAAGAGCCAAGUUGGCUCAAUCAAAGAACACACUACCAAACUACCUAGUUGCUCAACUGAGGUCUCAUAUUGCACCGCAUAUAUAUAAUAUGGGCCAUACACACAUCAUCGCCAAAAUGCCCUGGAUUUUGCACACCAAGACAUGAGCUAAUCGCCAAAAGGUAAUAUCUGGAUGUCGCCGAACUGGUCAAAGAGCAGUGUACAUGUCCUGCAUUAUUCCCCUUUCAUUGCUACGGUGAAAGUGACAAACAUCAAAUUCUUGCGCGACAAUGAUCUACGUCGCAAACCCGGUAUGAUAAAAUACAUUGGUGUAAUUAAUGUUUUGAGAGGUUAACAAUGCACAACAUACGAUAAUAUAACUGUCUUCAUGUAAGGUUUGUAUUUGAAGUAUUAUAUCCUGAAAACCCAGCCCUUAAAUGGGCCUCGAGCCAGCGAUCCUGUUAUAAUGUAUCUUGGCAUCAAUUAUAUGUACUAUGAUACAUCUCACAGGGUGUAUUCUAGAGAGAGAAAUGAUGAUUUCACACCAUUCAUAUCAAGUGUUUUUAUGAUCACGAUCCUACAAUAAUAUCAAUAGCAAUCUGGUCAUGUCAAAAUGCUCGAUUCAUGGACGACUUUCAAUUCUGAUCGCAUGAGGAAUGAUUGGUGUAGCCACAUCGUGGUGAGACAGGAGUGAUCUAAAUAAGAGAUGAAGCAUACUUAAGGGGAAGCACCAUACCACCAGAAUUCACGUGUUGGGAUGAAAGGUGGGUAAGGGGUCAUCACUAUCGGAUGGCUUCGCCUCUACCCCGGCUAAGUAGCAUGGAUGAUGAGGGAACAUGCAUGGCAAGGUGGUGUUGUGGUAGGAGGGGUUGUACGAAAAUAGCCUACGCUGGCAUUUUGACCCUGCCACCCCUUCCUCGUCGUACUAGACCUGAAUCAUUUUCUUAGGCUGAGUUGCAACAACCUGAAAAUGCCAACCAAUCUCAUCUGACCAGAGGGGCGAGAAAUAUAAUUAUAUUAAUUUGGUACUACGAAAUGAUUUGUUUAGUAAUAAAAACAACAUUCCUUCUAUUUUUUUAACACCAUAUCUUUUUUAAAAGAAUUUUAGGCUUUUGGGCGGGUUUAAAAAUUGGAGCUCAAAGCCGUCAUGACUUGACGGCCGGGCUUUGGGCCAACCCGCUGAGCCGAGCUGCCCAUGCUUAGGUCUACCCUAUACAAACUUUGAGCCUUAGUAUAGUGGUUUAAUCAUCUUUCUUUCUUGCAUAUACAGAUCAUUUCACACCAAAGUUUAGCCUGAUGAGGAAUCAAAGAGGUCUUGAACUCAAAAUUUCUUGGCUCUCAUACUAUAUUGAGUAUCCAUGCAUCAACACACUCCUACGAAAAAGGCCAGCAAGAUAUACACUCAUACUUUGAAAUCCAAGAGGACUAGGUGUACCUAGCUAGUUUCACACCAACUAAAUCAUAUAUGUAUAGUCAUAUGAACCUGUCAAUGACUAGGCCAACACGACCACACCCUCAUCCUUAGCUAAGCAGAUUCAAAAGACAACUUUUCACAGCAUGAACACAUGAAUUAACUAGAGAUCCAAUCUCUCUCACUAGAUAUCCUUGUCCCCCCAUUUGUUGAGCACCACAACUUAAACAAAUGCAAUGCAAUUUUUGUACUCCCAAUCAGUGCUACUAAGUACUAACCCAUCACCAUUAACAACAUAAAUGCAACACAUUGCAUGCAAAUACUUAGUAAACUUAUAUGAAUUAAUAUGAAUACACAAAUGAGCUAGACUAGCACAAACACAAGCAACAAAAGGCAUCUUCCUCCUCUCCUCCCUUAUAUAUACCCCUGACCUGAUCAUCUCUUUUCAGCCUCCAGUCCAUACUCCACGCCGAGCCGGCUCGAUGGUUCCAUCCAUGGCGAGGAAGCGCAAGGCAUCCGACGACGUCUCUGACACUGACAUCGACGUCGGCAUACCUCUAUCACUAGCUUCGACGGACGCGUGGACGACGUCCACGGUUGCGGCUACGACGGCGGCGAGGCAGCAGCAGCGGGGCAGGAAGCGGUUCGUGGGCGUGCGGCAGCGGCCGUCCGGCCGGUGGGUGGCGGAGAUCAAGGACACGAUCCAGAAGAUCCGCGUGUGGCUCGGCACCUUCGACACCGCCGAGGAGGCCGCCCGCGCCUACGACGAGGCCGCCUGCCUCCUCCGGGGCGCCAACACCCGCACCAACUUCUGGCCCCGCCCCUCGCCGCCUGCCGCCUUGCAGCCGCCGCCGCCGGCUAUGCUGUCGAUGCAGGCGCCGGCGUUGCCUUCCAAGGUCUCCAACCUCCUCCUCCUCCGCCUCAAGGCCCGCAACCAGCAGCUCCUCCUCAACGACGCCACGGCGCCGCAAGAGGCUGCGCUGCUGCAGCAGCAGAUGCAGAAGCAGAUGUCCUCGUCGACGUCGUCGUGCCAAGAAUCAUACGUCCAUGGCCGUGACGACGAGUACUGCUUCCAGGUAGACGACUUUUUGAGCGAGGAGUGCAACAACUCGCCAGAAAUGGAGGAGGAAGAAGAAGAGGUGGAGGAAGAAGAAGAGGUGGAAGAGGAGGAGGAGCUGGACUUCCAGUUCAUGGACAAGCCGACGGUGGCGGAAGACGAGGACGCCGGGAUCUGCUCCCCGUUCGAGAUGGUCGCCGCCGAGCUCGGCGGCUCGGCGCCGGUGGAGGCUAACGAUGUGGACGGCGAGCCUGCGACGGCGGUGCAGGAGGCGAUGAGGAGGAUGGACUACGAGAGGAAGGUGUCCGCGUCGCUCUACGCGCUCAGCGGUGUGUCCGAGUGCCUCAGGAUGCGCCUCGGCGGCGGCGCCUCCGCCGCGCGCGAUCAGCUCUCCGGCCUGCGCGAGGCGUGCCGCAAGAAGCAGAGGGCGGCGGUGCAGCAGCCAGCAUCGGAGCAAUCCUCAGAACCAGCCGUCGCUGCUGCUGAUCAUGACGCAGAGGAGGGUAAAGCUUCCAUGCAAGAGGAGUGUUCAGGCAGCAGCAGCAGCGGCAGCAGCCUCACAGAGGCGGCGAGCUCGUCGUCACCGGAGGCUAACGUCACCGGCGACGGGGACGUGCUGCUGUGGAGCUCCCUGGACCUGGCGCCCAUCUGCUACAUGGCAUAGGCUGACCAGUUUUGUUGAUGUGUUCCAUGGUUGCAACUUGCAGUUAGGUUGUGUUGCUGUGGAAUUCGUUUUGCUCCAUGCAUGGCAGAUGGCUCAUAUGAGAAGCCACCCCUGGCCAUCACUUGCUUAAUUACCAAUUUAUUUUGAGAAACAGUGGUAAUAACAACAGAAACGAACUUGCAUGCACCUCGGCUGGUAGUGCUUCAAAGUAGAACUCAACUGCAUAUGAAACUUGCAUUGAGAUUCAGAGAACAGAGCCUUCGUCGCCGUUGCAUCCCCUCCAGAGCCGCCACCGCAGGCGUUUAGCCCGAGUUGAGAGGGUGGGGUCCUAACCCCUUUUAUCAUACAUGGCACGAGUACCAAUUUUCCACCAG